AUCACCGUGUCUUAGUUAGCUGCAGAUCUCUGGAUUUGCACUCAGUAAAGAAGACGUCCAAAGAAAACAAGGCGUAUUCUAUACAACUAGAUCAUGCCUUAGCAUUCAUCCUCUGCCAGCAGCAGCAAGAGGGGAAAAAAUAAUUUCAAUUUUACCACAGAGUGUCGGAGGAGGAGGAGGAAAAGGAGGCGUGGCCUGCCCAGUGAGAUAGUGAUGCUCUCAGCAGGUGCCAACAAGUGAAAGGUAGCUCAGAGCGGAGAUGGAGAAGAGGCAGUAAGCGCAGAAGACGUCCACAAGGAGAUAUCCGUGCACUACAACCAACCAGCAGCUGCUAUUUCCAGUUGUCCAGCUCAUCACCUGUGCUGCCAUGAUGCUUUGUCCCUUGUUGCUGGGGGCCACUCUGCUCGUCAUGGCCCCCCUUGACACCUCUGAGGCUCGCGUGCUGCACCCUCCUCCUGAUAGCAGCGCACAGUUAAUGGAGCAGCUGCUGGACCAUUACGACUUGGAGAACCUCUUAAACAGCCCGGCAGAGGAGCAGUUCACCUUGUCCUCCGACUCCAAAGCUUCAGAGUUCCCCGCCAAGUGGGUCGACGUCCAGGCGGAGACACCCUGGCUCCGCCUCCUCAGAGAGGCCAUGGCCAAUCAGAAGCGAGCGGAGACAGAGCAGCGCUCGCGGAGGGGAUGGAACCGAGGUUGCUUUGGUCUCAAACUGGACCGAAUCGGGUCCAUGAGCGGAUUGGGCUGCUAGUAGAAAUGUGCACCGGAACAGACUGCAGUCACCGUUUUAGAUGCUGGAAGGUAAAGGGAAUUUGACAUGUUAGUUACCAUGCCAGUAGAAGUUAAUCGCUGUUUGAAUAGUGCAGCUUUAUAUGCUUUCAUGUGUAAGUAUUAGAAUGUCAUCAAGCAGCAUAUGCUCAUUGUAAAACUCCUGUUAAUAGUAAAUCAUGUAUAGCUUUUGUUUGCAAAUCAUAGUCAAAUGUUGUCAAAGUUGUAUAGUAAAAACUACUAGACAUGUGCACACUUCCCACUUUUUGUUCACCUAUUGAUUUGCAUGAAUAAACAGAU